UCGCUCCGCAAACUCAGAGUUGAACUCAGACAGAAGUGCUGCCCCACUUAUAUCGUUAAAUGACUGUUUUGGGACGAUGAGCAUGGCGUUUUUCGAGACUGCAUGUGCGGGGCUUGUCUUCCUGCUUUUUUCCGUGUUUCCAUGCGCAGUGGAUUGCACAACUACAAGGUAUUUCACCUUUGAAGAAGAUGCACCCGGGACGGAGAUAGGCAACUUAUCCCAAGAUUUAAAGAUUGAUCCGGCUGGUGACCUGGACACACCUUUCCGCUUCAUGCAGGAGAGCAACGAUUCAGUGAUCCACAUGCGGGAAAGUGACGGACUCCUGACCGUCGCACAUUUGAUCGAUCGGGAGCAGCUGUGCCCCAGGUCCCCUCGCUGCUUCAUCACCUUUGACAUCGUGGCCCACUCCAGGGAGAAGUUUCAGCUCAUCCAUGUGGAGAUCGAGGUGAAGGACAUCAACGACCACGCUCCUUACUUCCCACUCAACGAAACGAGGCUGGAGAUAGUUGAAAACGUCCCGCUGGAGUCAAGAUUUCCGCUUCAGAUCGCCCUCGAUGAGGACGUGGGCGAAAACUAUAUUCAGAGCUACAACAUUUCCCCCUGCAGUCAUUUUGCUGUGGAAGUACGCGAGUUGGAGGACGGAGUGAAGUUUGCAGAGCUGGUGCUGGUGAGCGAGCUGGACAGGGAGGCGGAGGACACUUACACCAUCCAGGUGACCGCGUCUGACGGGGGCGCACCUCCGAAGUCCGGCUCUAUGACGGUGACCAUCAAAGUGCUGGACUUUAACGACAACAGCCCGACCUUCGAGCACAGCUCGCUGAAAGUUGAGCUGAACGAAGAUUCCCCGGUAGGUCACCGAGUACUCAAAGUGCACGCCUUCGACCCGGACCAGGGCGCCAACGGGGAAGUUGUGUAUGCGUUCCCGGACGAGCUGUCACCGGAAGCGGCCCAAACUUUCCACGUCGACCCUUACACCGGAGACGUGACUCUGAAGGCGCUGGUUGACUUCGAGAAGCGGAAGUCGUACGAGCUGAGCAUCAGAGCCUCGGAUCAGGGGGAGAACUCUGUCCCGUCCACCUGCACGGUCGUGAUCGAGGUCGUGGACGUGAACGACAACGCACCGGAGAUCAGCAUCAAGCCGAUGACCUCCAGCAGCGACGCGGUGGCCUACAUCACGGAAGCCGCGGCCGCCGAGAGCUUCGUGGCGCUGAUCAGCACCUCGGACAGAGACUCGGGCUCCAACGGGUACGUGCGCGUCAGCCUGCUGGCGCACGAGCAUUUCAGCCUGCAGCAGGCUUACGGGGACACCUUCAUGAUAGUUACCACCGCCACUCUGGACAGGGAGAAGAUCCAAGAGUACAACCUGACCGUGGUGGCAGAGGAUCUGGGGACUCCUCCGUACAAAACGGUCAGGCAGUACACAAUCAGCGUAACGGACGAGAAUGACAACCCCCCUCUUUUCAGCAAACCCGUGUAUGAAGUUUCAGUUCUCGAGAACAACAUUCCCGGCUCAUAUAUCACCACGGUUGUUGCUCGAGAUCCAGAUACAGGAAAGAACGCAAAAGUUUCCUACAAACUCCUGGACUCUGAGAUACCAGGAGGAUCCCCAGUAUCCACCUAUGUUUCUGUAGACUCACUCUCGGGCUCCUUGUACACUUUGAGGUCGUUUGAUUAUGAGACGCUCCAGCAGAUUGAGGUGGUUAUCCAAGCAGAAGACAAAGGAUCCCCCUCUCUCUCCAGCACCUCGAUGAUCCGGAUCAGAGUCGUGGAUCAGAAUGACAACUAUCCAUACUUCACCUUCCCUCUCCUGCUGAAUAACUCCGCUGAUAUCCCUCUUCCCUACAAUGCCCCCGCAGGCUACCUUGCCCUUCAUGUAGUGGCAGAAGAUGCGGAUGAGGGGGUGAACAGCGAGCUCUCCUACCAGAUUGUGCAAGAUGACCCAAAGCUGUUUACCAUAAACAAAAACACCGGAGAGAUUGCUUUGAGGCAAUGGCUGACAGCCGAAAUAGGGAAGGUGUUGGAAAUUAAAGUCAGAGUCAGUGACAAUGGCAGGGCCCCUCUCUCUAGCAGUGCCACUAUCAGAUUUGUGGUUUCAGACACAGAGCCCCCUGAAGACCAGGUUGUCAUUGUUCUACGGUCAAGUGAGGAGGAAGGCUCCUUGUUCGAUGGCUCACUAAUCAUCAUCAUCGUGCUCAGUGGGGGUUGUGCAGUCCUGCUAAUUGCAAUUGUGGCCGUCACCCUCACGUGCAAACUUAGCCGUGGGGGGAGAAGAAGCCGUGGCAGAAAGAGAGAGGUGUGCCAGGGCCUGUUCAACGGCAGGCCCCAUCCUAUGCUCAGCUCUGCAGAACCAAACAUUUACACGGGCCAGCAGGGGUUCUUCCACGAGAGGACAUCUUUGUCUCUGGAUGAUUCCUGCCUGUAUGAGGAGAGGAGCAGAGACUCAGAAUCGAAGAUCUUCCUGCCCUCCAAGCAUUUCCAGCCAACGUCUGUCUGGCAAGGUGACAGAUACUGCUUGCAAGUGAGCGGCCUGAGCAACAAUGACCAGCUGAGCGUGAAGGACAGUGGUAAAGGGGACAGUGACUUCAAUGACAGUGACUCUGAUAUCAGCGGAGAUGGAGGCAAGAAGAACUUCAGCACCUUCCAACCCAGAAUAAAAAGUGCUGGUAGCAGCAGCCUAUCGAGGGACUGCCAAAGUGCCUACUGCGCGAUACCACAGAGGAGCUACAGAAACUCCAGAGAUAAUGCCUACACAAUAGGAUUCUCCCCCAUGCCUGUUUUCAACAAUCCACACAGCUUAAGGAAGGACUGUGGAUAUGGCACAAACCAACCAAAACCAAGAAGCAACAUGCAGACCUUUUCCAGAUCCGGGACACUUCCUUCCUAUUUCCCCCAGCAGCCGCAUGAAGCUGGUGCAGGACAGUCCACGGCCCACAAGGAGAUUUCCAACAUUGUAACGGUGGCUACAGAAUCAGAAGUUGCAACAAUUUUUUAAUAAAUGUGCAGGUAAUCUCAUUUAUCUGAACAUUGAGGAUGAAAAUAUGUAGAAGUUUGUGUCAAUGUACAUAUUUGUUUAUGAGGAAAAUUAUCAUUAUGGUAGAGCGUUUAUAGGAGAUGCACUGAUCUGGCUUUUCCUGGCACACACAGAUUUCUGGUUUUCUUCAACCUGUCUGUUUUGGUUUUGACAGAUUCCCUUUUCUCCCUAAUAAUUAUUAAACAUAGAAGAGAAAAAUGUGCUGCAGAUUCUUUGAUAGAGAGUAGUUAUGCAUCAAUCAGAAAAUAAAGAUGUUACAAGCUUAUCCCAAUUUCUUUGGAUUAAGGUAUAUGUCCCUAAGCCCUACAUACAUUUUAUUAACCCUAAAAAGUGCAUCAAAGUACAUGAUGUUUUCUUAUGGGUUAUAGACCCAAAAAUUGUGGGAUUUUGUGUGUUUUGAUGUGUAUAUUGUAGAUGGAGGGGGAAAAAAA